ACAUUGUAUUAAGUUAUGAAUGUAUUUUAAAUUUUUUCGUUUUGCUUUCUUGUGACAUAUAUUUUAUUGUUAUACAGAGAAAAAUAAAAAGAUUUCAUCGUCCAAGUUGCAAUUGCAUACCAAGAAAUAUUUAUUACAAAAUUAAAUUAGAGAAAAAGAACUUUAUAAGUACAGUUCAACAAUGUCUAACGUAAACAACACAACUUUCAUAGUUGACCUACGUUCAGAUACGGUGACGAAGCCUACAAAGGCUAUGAAACAUGCAAUGGUCAAUUCAGCUCUUGGCGACGAUGUCUACGGAGAGGAUCCGACAGUGAACGCUCUGGAGAGUAAAGUAGCGACGCUGCUUGGUAAGCAGGCAGCUCUCUUCGUCCCAUCUGGUACAAUGGCCAAUCUUAUAGCAGUAAUGGUGCAUUGCAAUAAGAGAGGAUCGGAGGCAUUUGCUGGACAUUUAUCACACAUCUACAAGUAUGAGCAAGGUGGUGCUUCUCAUCUAGGUGGGGUACUACUCAGCACACUGCGGAACAACCCGGAUGGAACUUUCGAUAUAUCGGAAUUAGAAAAUCGCUUAAGAGGCGGUGAUUUACAUGAACCUCUUAGUUCAAUGGUUGCGAUAGAAAACACACAUAAUGUGUGCGGAGGGAAAGUGUUACCGCAAGCCUGGGUUGAUGAAUUAGGAGAGUUUUGUGCAAGCAAUGGUUUAGCUCUGCAUAUGGAUGGUGCCAGAUUGUUAGAUGCGGCUGCAUACUCAGAUUGCCCCGCUGCGAAUCUGGUGCAACCUUGUCAUUCUGUCUCCAUCUGCUUCAGUAAAGGGCUUAGUGCACCUGUUGGGUCAGCACUGGCUGGCUCCUAUCAUUUUAUUGAACAGGCUCGCCGCGUGCGUAAGAUGUUGGGCGGCGGCAUGCGGCAGGCGGGCGUGCUGGCGGCGGCGGCCGUGGUGGCUCUAGACGAGGUCGCGCCCGCGCUGCGCUACUCGCACAAGCGAGCGCGCGUCCUCGCUGCCACGAUCCAGGGCCUGUUCCUGCCGACGUUCUCAGUGGAGGUGUCGGCAGUGCACACAAACAUAGUGCUGGUGCGGCUGGGGGCCGCCAGCCCGCUGCGCGCGGACUGCGUGCUGCAGCGCCUGGCGCAGGUCUGCCUCGCGGAGACACAGGGUGACUGUAAGACCUCGAACGAUGAGGGCGUGAUAGUGAAAGCGGUGUGCUUUGAUGCGAAGACGAUCAGGUUCACAUUGCACCGCGACGUCCAGGAUGAGCAGCUGCAUCUCGCCAUCAUGAAGAUUGUAUACGUAUUUAAAGAACUUGACGCCGCGAAUCCGUACGCAGACAAAUAAAUUAAAAACCACAACGCGCACUCCUAAACUAUCGCACAACUGUCAGGUCACCUGGGCUUAUAUAGAUGUUACACUGUGCAACUAAACAGUUGAUUGCGAAUAUACAUAACAGUAGUGCGAUAGUUUAGUUGAAAGUGUACGCCCGCUCUAAA